GUCAUCCUCCAAUGAGAAGCGCCCCUUGCACCCACAGCAGCGGUCCGUGCGGCUCCAUAUUGGAUGUACCUCUUCUCACAAAUUCGCCCUGACUGGACGUCUGCCUGCGCACAUCGUCCAACCUACGGCCCCGCUCCGCUCCUCGGGCUAAGGAAUGAGGGAUGUGACCGACGAACGGCGCUGUCACGGACACAUGUUCUCCGGAGCUUUGCUUUACAGAGCGGCGUCACUUCGUAGCGGGGCUGGGACGUUGGGUUAGAGGCGCACCUGAAGAGCGGAGCGAGAAGUGAAGUGACAUGCGGGCUGGGGAAGGAAUAAUUGGAUUGAGAUAACCCAACGGAGGCAUGAUGUUCACUCUCACUGAGGUUGCAUCCUUGAAUGACAUUCAGCCGACGUACCGCAUCCUAAAGCCAUGGUGGGAUGUCUUCAUGGACUACCUGGGGCUGGUCAUGCUCAUGCUGGCCAUAUUUGCCAUGACCAUGCAGAUCACCAAGGACCAGGUGGCGUGCCUUCCUUGUUUGGAGGAUCCAGACGAGGCGUCAGGACCUCAACCCAACUCGUUCACCCAGCAGCCCGCACAAGCAGCAGCCUCAACCGCAGCCACCGGGGCCCAUGGGGUAACCUCUAUCCCGUAUGUUACCAAGGAUUUACCAGACGAAGCUGUCCACGAGAUCCACGUUACGCACCAACAAACUGCGAUGGUGAAAGAGAAAUAUGUCAAUCAACCUCCGCCAACGGGAAUCAAAACCAACCUAGACUAUCAACAAUAUAUCUUUGUCAACCAAAUAUGUUACCAUGUUGCCUUGCCCUGGUACUCCAAGUACUUUCCAUACCUCACUCUCAUCCACACACUUGUUCUCAUGGUCAGUAGCAACUUCUGGUUCAAAUACCCCAAAACCAGCUCAAAGAUUGAACAUUUUGUUUCCAUCCUGGGCAGAUGUUUUGAGUCUCCCUGGACGACCAAGGCGUUGUCUGAAACAGCUUGUGAGGACUCUGAGGAGAACAAACAGAGGUUGACCGGCACCUCCUCUGUACCCAAACAGGUAUCUUCUGAGGGGAAGGAUGAAAGCACGAGUGUCACCUCAUCCACUCCCAUGCUUGGGGUGAAGUUUUCUGCAGAUAAGCCCAUUGCGGAGGUCCCCAGCAGUAUGACAAUCCUGGACAAAAAAGACGGGGAGCAGGCAAAGGCCUUAUUUGAGAAAGUGAGGAAAUUCAGAGCUCAUGUAGAGGACAGUGAUUUCAUCUACAAGCUUUAUGUAGCACAGACUAUUGUCAAAACUGUCAAGUUUAUUUUGAUUUUGUCCUACACUUCGACCUUUAUGGCAAAGAUUAAUUUUAAGCACAAGUGUGAGCCUGAUAUUAAACAGCUAACAGGAUACAAAAUGUUCUUCUGUACACACAAUAUGGCUUUCAUGCUAAACAAGCUGCUUAUUAGCUACAUGGCUUUGAUUUUGAUCUAUGGGAUGGCGUGCCUGUACUCUCUCUUCUGGGUGUUUCGACGACCGCUGAAAGAGUACUCGUUCGAGAAGGUCAGGGAGGAGAGCAGCUUUAGUGACAUUCCUGAUGUCAAAAAUGACUUUGCAUUCCUCUUACACAUGGUUGACCAGUAUGACCAACUCUACUCCAAGCGCUUCGGUGUCUUCUUGUCUGAGGUUAGUGAAAACAAGCUAAGGGAGAUCAGCCUGAAUCACGAGUGGACCUUUGAAAAACUAAGGCAGCUAGUGACCCGUAAUGCGCAGGACCAGCAGGAGCUGCAUCUUUUUAUGCUUUCUGGACUCCCCAAUGCAGUGUUUGACCUCACGGACUUGGAAGUGCUUAAACUGGAGCUGAUUCCUGAGGUGAGGUUUUCCGCAAAGGUCUCCCAAAUGACCAGCCUGCAGGAGCUGCAUCUCUGCCACUGUCCUGCUAAAGUAGAGCAGACAGGUUUUGCUUUCCUCCGCGACCAUCUGCGCUGCCUUCAUGUCAAGUUUACUGAUGUUGCUGAGAUCCCAGCUUGGGUGUAUCUACUGAGGAGUUUGAGGGAGCUUAACCUGAUUGGCAAUUUGAGCUCAGAAAAUAACAAAAUGAUCGGUCUUGAGUCCAUGCGAGAUUUGAGGCAUUUAAAGACAUUAUGUCUGAAGAGCAACCUCUCUAAAAUGCCCACAAACAUCACAGAGCUUUCACCACACUUGAUUAAAUUGGUAGUGCACAAUGAUGGUACAAAACUUAUGGUAAUGAAUAGUCUGAAGAAGAUGACGAGUCUAAUUGAACUGGAGCUGCACAGCUGCGAACUGGAGAGGAUUCCCCAUGCUAUGUUCAGCUUGACCAACUUACAGGAGCUUGACUUGAAAUCCAACAACAUCCGAACCAUAGAGGAGAUCAUCAGCUUCCUGCACAUCAAGAGGCUGACGUGCCUUAAACUGUGGCACAACAAAAUAAUCACCAUCCCAUCCUCUAUCGGGCAGGUCAAGUCUCUGGAGUCCCUCCACCUCUCGCACAAUAAGCUGGAGUCCCUGCCUCCAGCCUUGUUCACCCUACCUAAACUGCGACACUUGGAUGUUGGCCACAACUCCAUCACGGUGCUCCCUCCAGAUGUUGGUCUCCUCCACAACCUCCAGCACCUCGCCAUCAACUCCAACAAGCUGGAGGUGCUGCCCAAGCCUCUGUUCAGAUGCACCAAGCUGAAGGUGCUGUGUCUGGGGCAAAACGCGCUCACCGUGCUGCCAGAGACUGUGGGUCAGCUUGUCCAGCUCACUCAGCUGGAGCUCAGAGGAAACUGUCUGGACAGACUGCCUGCCCUGCUCGGAAACUGCCGCCUGCUGCGGAAAAGUGGCCUGGUUGUGGAGGAUCACCUCUUUGACACGCUGCCUGUGGAAGUUAAGGAGAAUAUCAGCCGAGAGACCAACGUGUCCUUUACAAGUGGCUUAUAGCACAAACACCACAAAGCACACAGGCCUGCAGCUCUACAGAAUUGUAACAUGCCUGUGUAACGGAUGGGAAAUACUUUUUAUUAUUGUGGUAACAAAAUUGAAUUGAUGAUUUUCUUUUACUGUUUUAAUUAGUUGUACAUGCUUAUUUAUUUAAGCGAUACAGAUUACCUUUUUUGUUGCUGAGUACGUAUCUAAUUCAGCCAUUUGUUUUUGCAUUUAGCUUUCCCAUAGCUUUAAUAAAAGAUUUGGAAUAUAACUUCUCUAUAGACCAAAACUUUUUGCUCUAGUGACACAGUAUGUAGAUUUAUCAUUGUUUUAGGCACUCAGGUAUAAUUGUCACCAUGGGGAACAAUCUUUUGCCUUAACUGCUGCUAUUUUUUAAGGUGAAGGCCAAAUAGAAAUAUUGAAUUUUUCUUGUCAGUUUUUUUAAAAUACACAUUAUCCACAGAGCAAUUUCUUUUAUGUUGUGGAGGAGACACAAUGCAGUGCUCCUUUCUUGAUAUUGUUUUAACUUUUGUUGAAAUUAUAUAAUCUUUAUAUUCCUCGAUGUCUUAUAGCGAAUAGAAUGAGCUUGAAGUUGUAAAUCUCAGUUGGAGAUUGAGUACCAGAAAUGAACCUUUACCUUACUGUUGUAGAGAUUGUAUAAGGCUGACAGCAACUCAUUUGCACAAUGAAAACAUAAUGAUUUAAAGAUCAGUGAAUUCCCUUUGUGAUGACAUGUUCGAGGACCAAUGUGAGCUGAUAAAAGGGAAACCUGGUGACCACCUUUUCAAAUCAUGCUUUAAAAUUUGAAAUGUGUGACAAAAAUGCUCACCAUGUCAGAAUCAUGUAAUGACAAUAAACAUGUCUGCCUUUCUUCUUCUCAAUGUAUUUCUGUUUUGGCCUAUUUAUGUGUUCCUCUGUCCUGCUGAUCCUAUGCUCAAAGUUCACACUUUUAUGGCACAAUAAAACAAGAUUUUAGUUGAA